CACAAACCCGGGCACCAUAUUGAACCAGUGAAGCUAUUUUUGUUGCGAACCUCAGCUCUUUUGUUUCAAUUUACUUUGUCAGUUUACUUUUGUUCCGUUUUUUCCGCAACUGGAACAAGAAGACGGUCACAAUGAAGCUAACGGACAUCAAAAAGUUAAAAGUGGCCGAGCUGCGGUCCAGACUCGAAGAACUCGGGUUGGACAACAAGGGGCUGAAGGCUGAGCUGUUCGGGAGGCUGUGGUCCGCGCUGGAGGCAGGACACGGUGCCAAAGACGAAGAUGAACAGGUGAAACGACACGCGGACCGCUCACUGACACCGACAGCACCGGCGGGGUCAACGGACGGCCGGUCCUCGUCGCCCCCGAGAGGAGCUGGUGUUAUGGAGCGAUGUAAACCGGACUGCACAAACAGCGCCACGCAGACUGGCAGCAGUCUGACGUCACAACAGCGCGACUCGGAGAGCGUUUCAGAGGCUGGACCGGACCCGGCGGAGGGGAGAGAUGCUGACAUGCAGCGGGGAGGUGCGGAGGACCCGGGGGAGGGCAGGAGGGCUCCGGCUCCGUCACCAGAGGAGGAGGGCAGAGGAAGAGCUUUCUACGAGUUCAAAGAGGAGACGCGAUACAAAAGAACCAAAUCAACACAACCUCCAGGGGACAGAGAGGAGACAGAGAAGGAAGAUGAAGAUAAAGUGAGACUAGAUCCAUAUGACAGUCACCUGCACUUUGAGGUGGGUCCUGAUGGCGCAUGUGGCCAGCCGCGGUUCUGGGCCCGAUUCCCCUCGCUGUGGUCAGGAUGCAGGCUCACACACGGGGUGCUGCAGGGCAAGGUGGGCUUUGAAGUGAGGCUGGAGAGGAAGUUGGUAACUACACAGAUGGAGGAACAAGGAGACACAGAUCCUUGUGGCGUGAGAGUGGGCUGGUCUCUGGCCAACACCUCUCUACUGCUGGGUGAAGAUGACCUCUCUUUUGCUUAUGAUGGGCGCGGCAAGAAAGUAUCAGGUGGGAAGGAGGAAGCGUUUGGAGAACUCCUCUCAGAGGGAGAUAUCAUUGGCUGUUAUGCUUCCUUCUCCACAGACGGCGCUGUUGAACUCUCUUUCCAUAAGAACGGUUGUGUCAUGGGUGAGGCCUUUUCCCUGGUUGCCUCUGUGCUGCUGGGUCGCCCUCUGUUUCCUCACGUCCUCUGUAAGAGCUGUUCAGUCCGAGUUCUCCUGGACCCCACAGCUCGUCCCUGGUACCCUGGUCCUCCAGAGUUCACUCCGCUGGCAGCUCUCUCUGUUCGGCAGAGGGUGCGCACCGCAUUGCCUCCUACCUCCAGAGCACAGUGUGCGAUGUUGUUGAUGGUUGGUCUUCCUGGGUCGGGGAAGAGCCACUGGGCCAGAACUCACAUGAAGCAGCACCCUGAGGAGCGGUACAAGCUGCUGGGCACCGAGGAGCUGCUCGCAUGUAUGAUUAGUGAUGGACAGAGGAUCCGCAGGCUGCAGCAGGCCGCUCAGUGUCUCACUGAUUUGAUCAAGGUGGCUGCUCAGUCGCCUGGCAACUACAUCCUCGACCAGUGCAACAUCCUCUUCUCUGCACGGCAUUACAAGCUGCAGCUGUUCACAGGCUUCCGGCGCCAGGUGGUGGUGGUCUUCCCCUCAGCGGACGAGUGGAAAAGACGACUGUCUCGGCACCAGACGAGCAACGGGGAGCAGAUCCCUCAGACCGCCCUGCUCAAAUUUCAAGUGAGCUGCAGUCUUCCAGAGCAGCACAGCAACCUGCUGGAGGAGCUGCAGUAUGUUGAGCUGCCUCAGGAGCAGGCACAGACGCUCCUGCAGGAGUACAGGGCCGAGGCUCGCCGACUGCUGCCCCCCGUCCCCAAACAGGAGAAGAAGAAAACCCGACAUCCCAUGAAAAGACCCCACCCUCACGACCCGCCACCCUCACACAGGAGCCGGACUGGACUUCACGGUUGGAACCACACAAGACUCAACGUGCAGCCAUGGAGGCAGCAGCCAAUAUAUGAUCCGGGCUGUUACUACAGAGGCGUUGGAUACAGCAGAUAUGAAGGUUACUGGUGAAGAAACAGAUGCAGCUGCACAUCUUUGCUUCCAGGGACAUCAUUCUGCUGAUGUCAUUUGCUAAACUACAUCAGCAAGUAAUAUUAUUAGAAAAAUACAGUAUGUUGCUUUGACCGAUCAAAGAUAAUUUUGUAGUAUUUAAUAAUUUCCUCCGCAACCAGAUCACUUUAAAGGAUUUUUAUUCAAAUUAUUUUUAAAAUUCAAUCCUGUUUUUACUGUACAGUUUACAAAUGAUGAAAAUACACAGCAGUUGGUCGCUUUCAAAGAGUAAUCAAUUCUUCAAGUUUUCAUUUUUCAAGAAAUUUCUCCCUCGGGAUGAAUAAAGUAACAUCUAAAUCUAA